AAAUAUAUAUGGAGUGUUUUUGUUCAAAAAUUCAGUUUAGUAAAUACAUUUUUUAGUUUUCAUUCUGUUUUGUUUAAAAUUUAUAAUAAAAACAAUGAAAAUGCAAGUUGAUUUUGAUUCAGAUGAAGCAUCUGAUGCAGAUGUUUCAAUUCCUAAAUCAAAUAUUUUAACUAGAAGCGUUUUUAAUAUAACAAUUGAUGUUCCUGGAGAUGAAACCCAGCUCAAUAACAAUAGAACCGAGUACGAGAAACGAUUGAACGACGAAAUCGAAGAGUGGCUAAGUCUUUUGAAGAAAACCCGCCAAAAUAUCAACAAUGCCCUUUCCAGCAACAACAUCGAUUAUUCAGUAUUGUCACAAGACAAACUUGAUUACCUAAAGCGAGCUCCAGAUCUGAAUAAAUUCCUUGAAGAAUCCAUUGACUUCCGAAAAGAAGCCAAAGUCUAUCUCGAAGUAGACUACGCAAAUAUUCUUGAAAUCCACGAAAACCUCACUCAACUUUGCCAAGAUCGUCUGGAUACGAAAAAGUCUCAACUCAUCGAGCAAUUUAUCUUUAAAAUCCCAAAGUUCCAUGAUGACACAACCAAGUAGAAAAUAAAUGAAAACUAAAUAAGUAAAAUAAAUAGUUGAUAAGUAAAAGGAA